AUGGAGAGGCGACAAUUACAGAUCGGAGGCGAAGCAACUGAUAUCAUGAGCUGGCUUUGGCACUGGACACAAGAAAAUGAGCCGGGUGAAUAUAACGAGGUUGAAAUUGCUCGAUCCCUUACAUCCGCUGUCUUUGGGGCAAUCCACACAACAACCCAGGUCCUUGUGCACUGUCUAUUCGAACUCGCCACACGGUCCGAAUAUGUGGACCCGUUGAGACACGAGGUGCAGCAAGCAUUUGAAUAUCAUGGAGGGUGGAAGAAGGAUGGCCUAGAGUCUAUGCUCAAGCUUGAUAGCUUUAUCAAAGAAUGCCAACGCUUUUACCCGCUUGACUCAGUUUUGUUUGACGAAAAAUUCUAUCCUCAUGCCCACGAGUUCGAUGGCUAUCAGUUCUAUCGACUUGGACAACAAACUGGCAAGCCACAGGACUUCCGAUUCGUAGCCACAAACACCAAAUAUCUGCAAUUCGGCGAUGGGAGGCAUACUUGCCCGGGUCGCUAUAUGGCGGCAGAUGAGAUUCGCCUAAUGCUCGGCCACAUCCUCCUUCAUUAUGAAAUAACAACCAAGAACAAUGAGGGCCGCCCAAAGAAUUGGUUCUUCAAGAAAAUUCUGUUUCCAGAUAUGAAGGGCUUGGUUGUCUUGAAGCCGCGCUUGAGGCCAUGA